AUGGACCCACAAAACGGAAUUUCUAGGUCAGAACCUUCUGUUCUACCUACAACACAACUUCCUGAAUCAGCUGCUAGCAGCCAUGCUUACAACAGUAGCUCAAGGAAAGAUCGCUCUAUUUCACCAAGAAGUGGUGGCGGUAGUGGUGGAAAAGAAGGAGGCGGCAGUGGUUAUCGUCAUUCAUCUUACUCCCCACCAAGACGUAGAAGCCAAUCGCCUAGAGGAGGUGGUUAUCGUAAUGGUAAAGAUGACCGAUACAGAGAUGAUCGAUACGCUAGGGACGAUAAAUAUGAUCGUAGUUACGGUAGAAGUGGAUAUCGAGAUGAUAGAGGUUACCGUGACCAUCCAUAUCCACCUGAAAGAAGAGGCCCACCAAGAAGGAGUAAACCUAUUGAUCGUGGAUCUGAAAAAGAAAGAAGAGAUUCAACAACACUUUAUGUAGGUAAUCUACCUUAUUCUUUUCAUGAACAAGAUGUAGCUGAUAUGUUUGAACGAUAUGGUCGUCUAAGAAAAUUUGAAGAUAGAAGAGAUGCCGAAGAUGCCUUUGAUAAAUAUAAUGGUACUAAUGUUGAAGGACGUCGAUUAAAAUUAGACUGUAAGAAAGAUCAACGUCGUAAAGAUAAAUAUGGACCCGGCGAUCGUUCUUCUGAUCCAUAUGGUCGUGGCGGUGGCGGUGGUGGCUCGCCUGUUGGAAUGAGAGGAUUUAGCCCAAAUUACAGAUCUGGUGGUCGCACCCCAAGUCCCCCUUAUUCUCAUCGAUGA